AUGAGCACCGCCACCAAAGACAACGACACCAAGUCCAAGAAGGACUUGAGUGACAAGAUGAACGCGCCGCCGAAGCAAGAAGAGCAGGAGGAGCCGAGUCAAAGCCCAGAGCAGAGCAACGGCACCGCGCAAGAAGACAAGCCAGAGCAGCCGUCGUCGCAAGACCAGGACGACAAGGCCAAGCCCGACACGGACAAGGCCACCGACGGGGACAAGCCGGAGGACGCCAAGAAGGCAGACCAAGCCGACGACAAGGUCAAGCAAGAACCCAAGGACGAGGACUCGAGCGCCGAGUUUGAGGACGCCGUCGACGACUCGUCUGCACGUGACGAUGACGACUCCUCAGAGGAAGAGACUGAUGACUCAGAGGAAGACGAGAGCGAGAGCGAGGAGGAGGAGGAGGAGCCCACCACGCCAAAGGGCCAGCUCACGCGCCGCAAGAAGCAGUGGGAGGAACAGCGCCAGCUGCAGCAGAAGCAGAAGCAGCAGGCGCAGCAGCAAGGUGGUGGCGGCGGCGGCGGUGGGAAGAGCGAGUCCCUCAAGCUGAGGCUGGACCUCAAUCUGGAGAUUGAGAUUGAGCUGAAGGCGCGGAUCCACGGUGACCUUGAGCUUUCUUUACUGUAG